AGGCUCAGCAGCUCAGUGUCUUCAUGGACGCGCAACAUCAUGCAAGCUAACGUGGUCGUGAUGGGCACUGAGAGCGUGGGCAAAACAGCUCUUACAGUACGUCUGCUGACGCGGAGGUUCAUAGGAGAGUAUGGAGACAUUGACUCGGUCUACAGUCACAGAUUCAUAGUGGAUGGGAGGGAAAUUGCUGUUAAUAUUUGGGAUUCACCAUAUUCUCAGGACAUCUCGGUAAAGACAAUGCUCCUGCAAAGAAAACUUCAAUGGGCCAACGGCUUCAUCUUAGCCUACAGCAUCUGCGACCGCGCUAGCUUCAAUGCCGUGGUCCGUUUGGUGCACGCCAUCAAGUCUUCCCGAGGCUGUCCCAAGGCGCCCGUGGCCAUCGUGGGCAACAAACGCGACCUCCACCACCGUCGGACGGUGGCCAGCGAGGAGGGACGCCAGCUGGCCAUCAACGCCGGUUGCCUCUUCUACGAGGUGUCGGCAGCUGAGAACUACCAUGGCGUGCUGGCCGUUUUCCACGGGCUGAUUGGAAGUAUGAGGGACGCCAAGAGGCCGCCGGGUCUCAAGGGCAUUGUCAAAAGCGUGUCUGCAGUCUUUACCAGACGACGGACGGACUCCAUUUAGGAGAAUCGUAGGAGGAAACAGAUGCAUCCGUUCUAAGAAUGCCAAAAGACAUUCAUGACAGUGGAAACAACAACACAAAGUUGAUUCAACUCAACUUCACGCAAACUACUUGAAUGACUGAUAAGAUAACAAAAAAGGUCCUUGAUAUACAUAUAUAUAUAUAUAUAUAUAUAUGUGUAUGUAUGUGUGUGUGUGUGUGUAUAUAUAUGUGUAUAUAUAUGUAUGUGUGUGUGUGUGUGUGUGUAUAUAUAUGUGUAUAUAUAUGUAUGUGUGUGUGUGUGUGUGUAUAUAUAUGUGUAUAUAUAUGUAUAUGUGUGUGUGUGUGUAUAUAUAUGUGUAUAUAUAUGUAUGUGUGUGUGUGUGUGUGUAUAUAUAUGUGUAUAUAUGUAUAUAUGUGUGUGUGUGUAUAUAUAUAUGUGUAUAUAUAUGUAUAUAUAUAUAUAUAUAUAUAUAUAUAUAUAUAUAUACACAGUGGUGCCUUCAGAUAUGAGUGACUCAAUAUACCAGUUUUUGGAGAUCCAUCAAGUAUUUUGCUUUGACAAGUGAAUUCAACUGACGUCACAAUAAGUAUCUCUUUGGAAAAUGAACUAAAAGAAGAUUAAAACAUUUUCUGCCACUCAUACUUGAUAUGUGAUAUCAAACUUUUAAGAGGUUUGGGUUUGUUUGGUGUUUAUGUUCAUUUUGUGUUUGUGCCUUUUUGUGUCUUGUCCUAAUGAUUGCCUAUUGAUUUCACCUGUUGUGCCUGCUCCUUGUGUGUCGACCAAUCAGCUGCCUCUUGUGUCACACACCUGUGUCUCGUUACCCCAUGUCUCUGUAUAUAAGCUCCUUAUGUUCAGUCUGUCUUUGUUGCGUGAUUGUCAAUGUCAGUGUCUGUGCAUCCUGUGUUUCUUAUUCCAGUGUCUUCUUUCAAGUGAAUUGAUUUGUACUUUGGUUUUUGAUUUACCUUGAGAUAAUGAGGGUGAGAUGAAGGGCAUUGAACAAAUUUAGCCAAUUGUUUCGAGAAAGGGUUCAUUUCUCGAAGAUUUACGUGUGUACGGUACCACUUAAUGACUAAAUGUAUAAUCACAGUUGUCUUUUAAACAUGUGAUUCAUUUAUUUUUGUUGUGAAUGUGUCUGUUGGGAAGGAAUUAAUUUACACAAUAUUGUCUAAGCAAACCCUCGUUGUACAUAGGUUUCACAAAUGUAUAUAAAUGUUUUUAAUGUAGUGUGUGUGUGUGAAAAUUAUUCCCCAAAUGGUACUCUCAUAACAUGGCAGGUUGUGCAAUGUAUUUUCUGAAAAUGGCAUGAGCGCAAUCAGGCAGAUGACAGUGAAAGUGCUUGUGUAAUUUGGAAAAAGGCAUAGAUUAUGCUUGUGUAACUUGGACAUAGAUGAUCUAGAGCAGGGGUCAUGAAUUAAAAAUCCUCUGGGUCCGA